AUGGAGCUCCCAGCUGAAUCAGAACUCCAGUAUGCCGGAGAGUGUCUUUCCUUACCGGGUACGUUCCUGGAACCGCCAAUCGAGGACCCUCCUUCAUCAGUCCUCAACCUCCUCAACCUAUCACAGGUCGAUUUCAAUUCGUAUGACUUUUCCAGUCUGGGGAGCAGAGAAUUCUCGUCUAAAUGGCAAACAAAUACGCCCUUAUGCACAGACAGUCUGUCUGACGAGUCCGCCCCGGGCCUGCUCACCGAGGAUAUGGGUAUCUCACCGAUCCCUAUGCCUGCUGCCGAAGCGACUUGUCCCCAAGAGAGCGAGGAUCGCCUAUGCCGAAACCCGCAAGGGCGCUGCAUCAGUCUCGCCACAGGGAUUCUCGGCUCUAUGCAUGCCGGCUCAAAUUCCUGCAUCCUACAGGUAGCCACAAGCGACCAGGGUGGUGCAAGUGAUCGUCAGCCUCAGCAAUCGCGUGCGGCGGACGCCAUCCUGUCCAUGAACCAGUCCGCCUUGCGGACGGUCCGGUCCAUACUGAACUGUUCGUGCUACGAAAGCCCGCAGGUGCUUCUCCUCGUUACCGUCAUGUGCUCCAGGAUUACUGCUUGGUACUGGCGUAUCGCCGAUAUAUACAGCUACAGUCACGGCAACCCAACCGCGGGCAGCCCAAGAGCUGCCCUACCGACUAGUGUGGGCAGUAGAGCCGAGACGCGAAGACGGGAUUUCUUCAUCGGCAAUCACCGCUUGGACAGGGAAGUAGAGACGGUCGUCAUUCGUCACGUUCUUUUGGGGAUGCUUCAAGAACUACAGCUCGUCAUCAGAGACUUCGCUGGUCAGGCAGGACAAUCGCCGGCCGGCACAGUCGACACUGAUGACCCGACCUCGACGAGCGACCUGAUGCUGAGCGGUAUGCGAGCCCGGGUGGUUGCUUUUCUUCGUAAGCAGCUACACUCCCUCACUUCCGCGCUUGAUCACACAGACAGUGGGUUCGGGACGAUGGGGCCACAUGUGUCGCACUAUUGA